AUGACAAAGUGCAUUAGUGCGCUACAAUGUCGGAUAACAGCAGCAUCAGUAGCCAGCCUCCGUGACGAUAUUUCUGAUUAUUCUCAAGAAAAAGUGCAUGCACAUAUCGAUUCAAGGCAAAAAUUUCGUGCAUCAUUUACACAUGAACAUCCGGAAUAUGAUGAAGUUUUGAAUGAUUACAACAAACGUUUAGAAGAAAUAGAAAAAGAUGAAACAACAUUCCAACACAAUCAUCCACAAAAUGUUCAUUCUGCACAUAUUCCUGACACCAUUACCGACCUUAAUCAACAGUAUAAGCAUGCUACACAACCAGUUCAAUCAUCUAAGCAGCAACAAGAACAAGAACAAUAUUCUACAGUAACUAAUCACACCUCUAACAUUCUACCUGAACAAUCUGUGACACCAUCUCAGAACGAAAACACAUAUCAUCAUAAUGCACAUGUACACCAGCAUCAACCACAUCAAACUCAAUUGCCUCUCGACAUUGUCCAUCAAGUUUCAGAUCAUCCUUCUCAGCAAAUAUCACCGUCAACUCAUCCAAACCAAGAGCAAAUGCGACAAUCGUCUACUAGAUCUCAGCAUGAACAAGAACCAUCCUCAACAUCGCAACAAGAACUCACAUCACGAGCAACGAAGGAAAAGUCCGAAUCAGUUACUCAAGACACUAUGACAACAACUCCGACCAUAUCUGUGGAAGAAACCCAAAAAUUUGAAAAUAUCAAUAUACCUCAUGCACCAGUACCUCUAUCAGAAUCUGGUCCGAUGCAAUCAAAAGCUGAACAAAAGAGAAAAGAACCUAUGGCAAUCGAUCCACUGAUAGCUACUGUAGAAACGAUAAUGAAUGAUGUAUCAGAAACUGUUUUGACAUCUAAUGAGGUAAAGGUGUCAAUUGUUCAAACUACUUCAACAACAACGAUUUCAACCAUGGAUUCAAAUAUAGAUCAUCGUACAGACAACGAUAUAUACCUUCCUAAUGCUACUCAUAAUCAAACGACUAAGGAAGGAGAGAGAAAAACAGAUCAACAAGAUGAUAUUGAACGUUCUAAAAGUCUUAAUAACACUGCAUCAGAAACUGUUUUGACAUCUAAUGAGGUAGAGGUGCCAACUGUUCAAACUACUUCAGCAACAACGAUUUCAACCAUGGAUUCAAAUAUAGAUCAUCGUACAGACAACGAUAUAUACCUUCCUAAUGCUACUCAUAAUCAAACGACUAAGGAAGGAGAGAGAAAAACAGAUCAACAAGAUGAUAUUGAACGUUCUAAAAGUCUUAAUAACACUGCAUCAGAAACUGUUUUGACAUCUAAUGAGGUAGAGGUGCCAACUGUUCAAACUACUUCAGCAACAACGAUUUCAACCAUGGAUUCAAAUAUAGAUCAUCGUACAGACAACGAUAUAUACCUUCCUAAUGCUACUCAUAAUCAAACGACUAAGGAAGGAGAGAGAAAAACAGAUCAACAAGAUGAUAUUGAACGUUCAAAAAGUCUUAAUAUACAUACUCAUCACGGUCGUAUUGAAACAUUAUUAACGGAACAACUUGAACAUAAUGAUGAACAAUUUCAAAGAUAUUCUGACGAAAAAUUGGUUCAUAAAAGAUCAGUAGAUAUUUUGUCACAAGAAAAAAAUCACAGUGAAGUGAAUAACACUGUAUUUCAAGAGCAAGAUGUCACAAAAUUACCGAAAACGAAUGUAUCAGAUACCACGAACGACAUAUUAUCAUCCAUCAAACAAGAAACAAUUGAAGAAUCGAUCGAAGAGAAAAACAUUGUUGAUGAUAAACUAUUAGCGAAUACAACAACUGCGACAUUGCUAACGAAUUCACAUUUGCCACGCGUUAAUGAUGAGACAGUUGAGGAAAACAACACAUUACUAACAACAAUUCAAACAUUGUUGGUUGAUCACGAGCAGAACAUCAGUAGUAAUGCAAAUGAAACAAGCGAUGAUUAUUAUGUAAUUAAUAGUACUGAGCAAACAUCUGAAACUCUCAAUGAAAAUAUCACACACCUGGCGAAAAUGGCCGACGUGAAUGAUUCGAUUCUACUACCUUCCAUCUUAACCACUACUCCCUCAUCUAUAAUUGAUCCUAUCCAACAUGAUAUCACUAGAGUGUUCAACAGGCAAAUAUGUUGGCAAUUACCAGCAGCAUUUGAACCAAGUAUGCAAUUAAUUGAAAAUGAAAUAUUAAAAGGAAUUAGCAUGUUACCAGAAUUUAUUCAAACAUUAUGUUAUUCUCAUGAUCAAAAUAAAGAAACAAUGUGGAAUAAACUAUGGUUUUUCUUCAUUACAAUUUUAUGCAUAAUUUUUGGUUUGAUAUUUUUAUCUAUUGCUUAUAAACGUUUAUUACAAAAUAAACAAGAUAUUGAGCUUCGAAUACGUUGUCAAGCAUUACAACAACGAUGUAAUCAAGUUGAAUUAGAAUUAGAAACAUAUGAAAGACAAUGUCAAAAAUUAGAAGAAGAAAUUGAUGACACCAAAAAUCAAACAGUUAAAGAUUCAGACGAAGAUCUAUUUCAAUUACGUAAUGAAUUAGAUUGUGUUAGUAUGAAUUUGGAUACUGUUAGCCAAGAUAAUGAAAUAAAAGUACAACAAAUAACAGAAUUAAGUUAUAAACAUCAAAAAAAUUUAGAAAUAAUUAAUCAAUUAAAUGAACAAUUGUUUACGUUGAAAAAUGAUUUAGAAAAAAAACAAUCAAUAAUUUUACGUCUUGAAUCGACUGAUUUAACUUUAGAACGAUUUGAAAAAUUACAGGAGACAAUCAAUCAAUUACGUCAUGAUAUGAAUCAAUUAAAACAAGAAAAAUCUUUAUUAAAUAAUAAGUAUGAUCAACUGGUAGAAAAAUCAAAUAAAAAUGAAAUUGAAAAUACAGAAUUAACAACAAAAAUGAAACAACUGAGAACAAUUAUUAUUGAACGAGAUAAUAUUAUUCAAAUAAUUAAAGAUAAAAUAAUGAAUAGGACAAAAGUAAUGAAACAAAAAAAUGUUGAUGAAAAUGAUGACGUCAACGAAGAUGAUGACGAAGAUGAAGAUGAACAGGAAGAACAAAAGUCAGAUUUUAUAUCAUUAAAUGAAAUAUUGGUAACUUGUUCUCAAAUAAAUUUAAUGGAUACAAUGUUAAAUGAUAUUGAUAUGGAUGUUGAAAAAGCUUCCAAACAUGUUCAAGAACUCAACGAUGAUAUUGAACAACGAAAUAAACAUGUUAAAGAAUUGGAUAUGCAAUUACAUCAAGAAAAAGAACGUUGCAAAGAAUUAGAGACAAAAUUAAAAGUUGUAUUAGAAUUAAGAGAACGUGAUGCUCAUUUACAUAUUAGACAAUUAGGGCAGACUGAUGCUGAAUUAAGAAAAGCUCGAACAGAUGGUGAUCGUGUAAGAAUACUUCAACAACAACUUGAAUUGAAGCAACAACAAUUGGACGAUGUUCAAAAACUUGCACAACAAGAUCAAAAUAAACUAAAUGAGGAAAGAAGUAAACAUGAACGAAGUAAUCAUGAAAAUUGGUUUGAAAUUAAAAAACUUACACGUGAAUUAGACGCGAUGAAAAAAGAAUGCGAAGAUCUUCGACGACAAAACGCUAAAUAUGCUAAUAAUGAACGUAUAUCACAAGAAAAAAUAAUGAAACCAGUUGCUCAACAUGUCAAUAAUCACACGUACAAUGACAUGGAACUGAAUGGUAACACAAUUUCUCCUCCAUUAAACUAUCCCAGUGACCAUUUUAGAACAAUUGAUCAGGCAAGAGAUUCUGGCACCCUGAGUCCAGCUGAUAUGUUUCGAAUGACAAGACCGCCUAUGUUUGGUCCUCCACGGCCUCCAUUUUUUCCACCAUUUAUGCCACCACAUCCCUAUACCAUGGGUGCUCGUUUUCCAAUGGGACCUAAUCAUCUUAUGCCAGGUGGCUUCAUUUCACCGAUAAGUCAAAUAAUGACUAAUGGCCAUGGUAUUGGAAGCGAAGAAAAUUGUGGUGAAUCAACGAAUAUCACACCAAAUUCUAUUAUUUAUGAUAAUUCUCAAGUAUCAUCACUUCAUGGUAUCAAUGAUCAAAAUACAUUGUCUUCAACAAUGUAUCCAUCACAAUCAUCAGAUUAUGGUGAAAAUCAAACGAAAGAUAAAUCUAAAAAGCAGAAGAAAAUAUCAAAAGAUGAUAAAGAUAAAAAGAAGAAAAGUAAAAAGACUAAAGAUUUGGAUACCACACAACCAAUGUAA